AUGGAUAGGAGUAAAGUAUUAUCUUCAUCUUUAGAAGGUUGUAAAUUUAUUGUUCCUGAUAAUGAAAAAGGUUUUACUAUUGGAAUAUUUGAAUCAUUUUUAAAUGAUCAAACAAUUCAAUUAAAGGUAGAUGAUGAAAUAAGACAAUUUCAAAUUUCACAGGUAAAUACUCCUAAUAAUGAAGCUAACAAUGAUUUCGAUGAUAUUUGUAAAAUGAAUUCAAUUAACCCAGCAACUUUAUUUUUUAACAUCAGAGAUCGUUUUUUUAAAAAUAAAAUAUUUACUUAUAUUUCAAAUAUUUUAAUUGCAAUGAAUCCUUAUCAAGAAAUUAAUAAUUUAUAUACAAAUGAAACAAUGAUAAAAUAUCAUAAUAAUAGUUUUAAUUCAUUACCAUCUCAUAUUUAUGCAAUUGUUAACAAAGCAUUUAAUGAUAUUAAAAUUUGCAAUAAAAAUCAAACUAUUAUAAUAUGUGGUGAAUCUGGAUCUGGAAAAACAGAGAAACAAAAAGAAAUUUUAAAAUAUAUUUGUAAUAUUUGGGGUAAUAAUAUUAAAGUCAUACAAAAAAAAAUACUAUCUUCAAAUUUAAUAAUAGAAUCAUUUGGUAAUGCUAUGACGACAAAAAAUAAAAAUAGUUCACGCUUUGGUAAAUAUAUUAUAAUUAACUUUGACAAUCAACAUAAAAUAACAGGUGGAAAAGUAUUAUACUAUUUACUAGAAAGAUCGAGAAUUAUUUAUCAAUCACAAUAUGAAAGAAAUUAUCAUAUAUUUUAUCAACUUAUAUCAGGAAUGAAUUAUAAAUGGAAAGAAGAAUUUAACAUACAAAAAUUAGAGCAAUUUGAAUAUUUAUUAAAAGGGUAUCAAUCUUUUUUAAGUUAUGAAAAAAAUUGUAUAAUUGAUGACAUUUCUGAUUAUUAUAAAUUAAUAGAUGCUUUAAAAGAGAUAGGAUAUAAUGAUAAUAGCAUUAAAGAAAUAUUUAAAAUUUUAUCUGGUAUUCUUCAUCUUGGAAAUAUAAAAUUUAACCAACUAACAAAUGAUGAGGAAUGUGAAAUAGAAAAUGAGGAAUCACUUGAAUUAGUAUCAAAAUUAUUUGGAUUUAAUAAAAAUUUAUUUAAAAAUGCAUUAAAAUGUAAAAAAAUAAAUUUUCUUGGAAAUAUUUUUGAGAAAGAUCCAAUAUCAAUUCAAUUAAAAUGUACAGAAAUUAAUAAUGCUAGAGAUGCUUUAGCAAAAAAAAUCUAUAUCAACUUAUUUGACAAUAUUGUAUCAUCAAUUAAUGAUACAAUUAAGGCAACAUCAAAUAAUCAUCGUUCAUUAAGUGUACUUGAUAUAGCCGGUUUUGAAUUUUAUAAAAAUAAUUGUUUUGAACAAUUUUGUAUUAAUUAUAGUAAUGAAAAAUUACAAACUUUUUUUAAUAAAAUAAUUUUUGCCAAUGAACAAAAAUUUUAUGAAAAAGAAAAUAUAGAUGUAGAAAAAAUUUAUUUUACAGAUAAUGUUGAAUGUCUUCAAUUAUUUGACUCAAAACAAAAUGGAAUAUUUACACUUCUUAAUGAAGAGAGUCAUCUUCCUAAACCAUCAUCAAUACAUUUUACAGAUAAUGUUUUUAAAAAAAAUUAUGAAAACAAUUAUCUAACAUCAGGUAGAAAAUAUAAUAUGAAAGAAUAUAAAAAUAUUAAGGAUGAUGAAGGAUUUCUUAUUCAUCAUUAUGCAUAUGAUGUUUUUUAUAAUACAAAAAAUUUUAUUGAAAAAAAUAAUGAUAAUAUUCAUUCAUCACUUGAAGAUUUUUUACAAAAAUCAACUAAUACAUAUUUUAAAAAGCUUUUUUCUUUAUCAAAUAUUAAAAAAUAUUCUAAACUUAAUUCACCAACAAUAUCAACAACUUUUAGAUAUCAACUUGAAGAAUUACUAAAAGAAAUAGAUAAUUCUGGUGUACAUUUUAUAAAAUGUAUCAAGCCUAAUGAUUCAAAUGAAUGUAAUACUUUUGAUGCUAAUAAAGUAAUCAAACAACUUGAAUAUUCAGGAAUAAAUAAUGUCUUAAAUUUAAUUAAUGUUGGUUUUCCAUAUACCAUUGACAUUGAUGAAUUGUAUCAAAAAUAUAUAGUACAUUUUAAUUAUUGGAUAAAAAAAAUAAAUUGUAAAUCAUUUUUAAUUUAUUUUUUUAAUGCCAUUCAAUUAGAUAAAAGAAAAUAUAAAUUUGGUAUAACAAAAAUAUUUUUUAAAAAUGAAUAUUAUGAAAUAUUUUAUAAAUUAAAAAGUGAUGAAGAAGUUAUUUAUUUUACAAAAAAAGUUAGAUUUUAUCUUAAUAAAUUAAAAUGGAAAAAAGUUAUUUCUUCAAUUAUUUUUACAAUAAAAAUAUCUAAAAUAUUUCCAUUAAAACACAAAGCAGCAAUCAUAAUUCAGGCAAAUGUUAAAGGUUUUUUAUUAAGAAACAAAAUUAAAAAGAUACAAAGAAUAUACAAUGAAUUGGGUAAUUUUUCAAAAAUUCUUGAUAAAGAAAUGGAAUUUAUUAGAAAUUUUAAUUCAAUCAAAAAAUCAGAUUUAUGGAAACAAGCUAAUCAUAUUUUUGUUCUUAUAAUUAAUGCAAAAGGAUGUUGUAAAGAAUUAAAUUGUAAAAAAAUUCGAUCUUUAAUGAGAGAUCGUAGUGAAAUAUCAUCAAGAAUUCUUAGUCUAUCUUUAACAAUACGAGAUCUUAAAUUAGAGCAAGAAACAAGUAAUGACACAAUUAAUUUAAAAACUUUACAAAAUGAAAUUCCUAAUAUUUUUGAAGAAAAACAAAAAUUUGCAAAAAAAUAUAAAAAUUUAAAAGAUAUAAUUAAAAAAUUAAAGAAUCAAAAGGAUAUUUAUAUAUAUAAUAUUAAUGAUUAUGAACUUUUUGAUGUAACUGAAAUAGAAGAAAAGUUAAAUGCAAAGUUAGAAGUGGUUGUUGAAGAAAUUCCAGAAUUUAAGGAAACCAAACAAUUUGAUAAUAAAGAUUUAAUAAAGAUGACUUUUCAAGAACUUAAAAUAAAUUUUGAUACACUUAUAGAUAAAGAAAGAAAAGAACAAUGUAAAAAUGAAAUAGAAAGAAGAUAUAGUCAAUUAAAAAAAUGGAAAAAAGCAUAA